AUGUCGAACAGAAGAGAGUUAUUGGAGAAGCUAAGGAACAUAGAUGAAGAGUGUUCCGAUAUAGAAUCAGAUGCAAAAAAUUGGGAACUAUCAUCUGAAGAUGAAUGGGAUUAUAUUCAAAAUGAGACAUCUGAUGCUGAAGAUAGCGAUGAAGAGGCGAUCAGCAACAAUGAAAAUGAAAGUGUCAUCAAUGUGCCCAGGAGAAGGUGUAGGGUGAUAAGUAGUUCUGAUGAAGAAACUGAAAACAUUUUUCAAGAGACUGAAACAGCUGCCGAUGGUACUGUGUGGAUAAAAUUUGCCGAAGGUGGUAUUCCUGGAAGGUCACCAUCUGCUUGUGUUUUCAAGGGUGUGAAAGGGCCAACAGGCUACGCAAAAAGGAACAUUAUGGCAGAUAAUGUUGUCAGUGCAUUCUCAUUGAUAAUAAAUAAUUAUAUUAUCAAACAUAUAAAAAAGUGCACAGAAGAAGAAGGCCGCCGAAUAUUGGGCUACGAUUGGACAACAACAUUACCGGAAAUACGUGCAUUUAUUGGGAUUUUAUAUGCUCGUGGGGCCUACGAGGCAAAAAAUUUAAAACUGAGCUAUUUAUGGUUAGAAAAGUGGGGCCCCGAAUUUUUUAGAAGAACUAUGUCCAGAGAUAAGUUCAAGCAAAUCCUACGAUUUAUUCGUUUUGACAAAAGAACCGAAAGAAGUAGAUGCCUCCAAACAAAUAAAUUUGCCUUGGUUUCGGAAAUAUGGGACAAGUUUAUUGAAAAUAGUCAAGCUUGCUAUCAACCAGGGCAAAAUAUAACAGUUGACGAGCAACUGUUUCCAACAAAAGCCAGGUGCAAGUUUAUACAGUAUAUGCCUAAUAAACCCAACAAAUUUGGCAUCAAAUUCUGGCUUGCAUCAGAUGUUAGUAGCAAGUACAUUUUGAAUGGUUCUGUUUACUUGGGGAAAGACGAACAACGACCAUCGUCAAUGCUUCUCAGUGAACACGUUGUUCUGAAACUGGUUGAGCCAUACACAAACUGUGGAAGGAAUAUCACGACCGAUAACUUCUUUACUAGCACGUCACUCGCGACGAAAUUAUUGGCCAAAAAAACGACACUAGUUGGAACUAUUAGAGGAAAUAAAAGAGAACUACCCAAAGUAGCUAAACAAACGAAGGAUAACAUGCCUCGUUUUUUCACUCUCUUAUAUAAAUCGGAAAAUUCUGUCCUUACAAUAUUUAAAAGCAAACCGAAUAAAAAAGUAGUUGUUCUAAGUUCCAGACAUAAAUAUGUGAAAAUUGAUAGAAAUUUGGCUGCUAUAAAUGCUUGGAUCCUUUACAAAGAAGCGACAGGAAUACAAAUACAACGAAAACAGUUCUUGUUCCAAUUAGCAGAACAGCUUUCCACCGAUUACCGAGCUGCAAGGCAGGAAAAGUCAUCAGAAAAUGAAGACCCACAAACAUCAAAUACAACAUAUUCUAACAAGCGAAAAUUUUGUCAAGUACGGCUUUGCAACAAUAACAAAACAAAUAAUAUAUGCGAAAAAUGUCAAAAAUACAGUUACAUUUACUUCGGUAUAUUACAAAUACAAAUGUGGGUUUAA